CUUUUUAUCUGAACAGCCGAAAUUUUCAUCAGGGUAAAAACCACGACAUGGGGAGGAUUGUUAUACCUUUUCAGUUUGCUUGGCCGUUACGUGAACUAAAUCCACAUGAACGCACAGCAGUUAAAACAGUAAUGUACAUCAACCAUUCUGUUUAUAAUAAAUUUUAACAUAUACUACACUGUUAAUUUCCAAUUUGUGUAUUAAAAUGCUAAAAAAAAGUCAUUACUAAAAUCUCUUAUCAAAAUAUAUACAAAUACAUCAGGAUGCAUACUAAAGGCUCUAAUAAUUUACUAAAGGCUUUAAUAAUUCUGUCUUCAUUGCUUUCUUACAGAUUUCCCCUGGGGGCGGAAAUCUAAUGUGGAAAAGGAAGACUUUUCCACAAAUUGGUACCAUUAUAGAAAGGCAUUGCCUCCUCACCUCAGCCUCUUUAAUCUCUGGAAAAUGGCAAGCAUUUAAGAACUGUCUAUUUGAUUGCAAUACAUGGGUCUGAAAAAACAGGUCCUGGAGAGAUGUUGAUUCCAAGUGACAUAGAGCUUUUUAUAUCUAGAAGGCCUAUAAAUGUAAUGUUCAUUUAUAACUGGAGAUUCCCAACUGGUGUCCUUGUCAGAGCUGAACAAAACCCCCUUGACCAGUUUCCACCUUCUUUGAACAAGAACAGUAAAACCAGUAGGAUCCCCAAAUUACUAUUGCGACUUCCUGAAGAAUGGUAUCUUCUACUCAAGAAACAACAUAUGGAAUUUAAUUCCUCAUUGGACAGGAAGUAAUCACAUCUUUCUUAAGUUUAAUUACAACUUGUUUAAUUCUAUCUAUAUCUUAAUAGCCUCUAGACCAGUGGUUCUCAACCUUUAUAGUGCUGCGACCCCUUUAAUACAAUUCCCCACGAUGUGGCGACCCCAACCGUAAAAUUAUUUUCGUUUUGAAUUUAUCGUGCCUGAAGCCAUAUUGGCUAGCGAUCUGAACUGCUUGCGAUUGCCUUGAGGACGGAGCCAUUAAAGCGGAGACUCCUCCCCUAUUAAGUUUAUCGUGCCUGAAGCCAGAUUAGGCUAGCGAUUGGGAGUGAUUGCAGCUGGCUUGAGAGGGAGACAUUAGAGCAAAGAUUUUUCUCUUUUUUAAUUCAUCACCCCUGAAGCCGAAUUCGGCUAGUGAUUUGAAGAGCCUGCAGCUGGCUUGUGGAGUCAACCAUUGGAGCGCGAUUCUUCGACUCGCAAGUAUACUUCCCAUAUUUCCAAUGGUCUUAGGCGACCCCUAGCAAAUCGUCAUUCGACCCCCAACGGGGUCGCGACCCACAGGUUGAGAACCGCUGCUCUAGACAUUAGGGCAAAACUUCCAAUAUCACCUGUAUGCCCUGAGGUGGUAAGCAUGCUGAUGAUUCUCAUUCAAAUGUUAAGAUGAGCUUUUUCAGCAACUUGGUGUUAAUCAACAAGGGAGAUAUAUUAAGCCCUACGGCAUUUCGUAAAUUUAUAGCCACAAGGUUGUCUUCUCCUAUAACCACUGACUGAAACUGCCCCCUAAGGACCAUUGUAAUGCAUUUCCUUCAUCAAUUCUUGUAGGCAGUCAAGGAAUUCCAAGGUUAUUGAUAUGCAGGGUGAAUUUUAUUUAAAUCAUUAGUAAAAAGGCUUCAUUUAAAUCAAGUUGAUUUAAAUCAUAAUUUUUAAAGAGCAGCUAUCAUCUCUGUCCCGCAGUGGCUGCUCCUCUGACCCACUGUUGACUCACUGACAGUCCCAUUCACUUCAAUGGGAUGGCUGGUGAUGUGGCAGUGACGACAAGGCGAGGGAUGUGGUAGGCAACAGAUGAGUGGAUGCCCGCUAACAGGCACUGCCAUGAUGGAUCUGAAAUGAUCUUAAAUGCAAGGACUCAUUCUUGCUGGUAGUUAGAACCUAAUAUUAUUUGCAAACAAAAUAAAUUUUAUAAAAAUAUAAAAAAUCUGAUUUAAAUUUUUAAAAAUCUAUUUUUAUUUUUAUCAUCAAUUUUUAUCUACCCUGGUGAUAUGGAAUACUGUUGAGAAGUCCAGAAGGAAUUAAGCAGCAUAUGUUUGUAAGAGAAACAGAUUCAAAUUGAGAGCUAUAUGCAUAUGCCGCAAGAGGUCAUUCACAUUAACAAUAGAAGCCUGGGACUGGGAUAAUGAAACAAAAGCUGAUGAAAAAUUAUUAAUUGACAGAGUAUCAUCUGCGGGUAUGAUCAACCCAGAGGAUAGAUGGACAACAGUACAGUUGAAUGGCCCUGUUGCUCAUUUUGAAGCACAAAUAAGAGUGAAGUGUGAUGAAAACUAUUAUGGACCACAGUGCAAUAAAUUUUGUGGCCCGCGUGAUGACUUUGUGGGCCAUUACACAUGUGACCAAAAUGGAAAUAAGGCUUGUAUGGAAGGCUGGAUAGGUGAUGAAUGUAAACAAGCUGUAUGUAAGCAAGGAUGUAAUUUAAUCCGUGGAGGAUGCAGUGUACCUGGGGAGUGCAAGUGUAAUUAUGGUUGGCAGGGGCAAUUCUGCGAUGAGUGUGUCCCCUACCCAGGCUGUGCUCAUGGAAGUUGCAACAUCCCAUGGGAAUGCAAAUGUGAAACCAACUGGGGUGGCCUGCUCUGCAACAAAGAUUUAAACUAUUGUGGAAAUCAUCAUCCAUGUGUGAAUGGUGGAACUUGCAUGAAUACAGAACCAGAUGAAUAUAGCUGUGCUUGCCAAGAUGGUUACUCUGGAAAGAACUGUGAAAUUGCUGAGCAUGCUUGUGUUUCAAAUCCUUGUGCUAAUGGCGGAAUUUGCCAUGAAAUUUCAUCCGGGUUUAAAUGUCAGUGUCCUAAAGGAUGGAGUGGACCAACAUGUGCAAUUGAUAUUGAUGAAUGUGCGUCUAACCCUUGUGCUAGUGGUGGUACUUGUGUCGAUCGUAUUAAUGGGUUUGAAUGUAUAUGUCCACAGCAGUGGAUUGGGGCAACCUGCCAUCUUGAUGCUAAUGAGUGUGAAGGGAAACCCUGUCUUAAUGCUCAUUCUUGCAAAAAUCUUAUUGGUGGAUAUUAUUGUGACUGCAUUCCAGGAUGGAAAGGAGUAAAUUGUCAUAUCAAUGUUAAUUAUUGUCAUGGGCAGUGCCAAAAUGGAGGGACUUGCAAGGAUGAAGUGAAUGGCUAUCAUUGCACAUGCCCUCCUGCUUUCAUAGGCAAGAACUGUGAAAAAAAAGUUGAUGACUGCAUGAGCAACCCAUGUCAGAAUGCAGGUCACUGUACUAACCUCAUCAAUGGAUUCCAUUGUCUUUGCCCUCAUGGCUUCUCAGGAGAAUUCUGUGAGAUUGAUAUAGAUCUCUGUAAGCCUAACCCUUGCCAAAAUGGAGCACAGUGUUAUGAUCUGAGAGAAGACUAUUAUUGUGCUUGCUCUGAUGAUUACGAUGGAAAGAACUGCUCUCACCUCAAGGAUCAUUGUAAAAAUAACUCUUGUAAAGUAAUAGACAGUUGUACAAUAGAAGUCUUCACAAAUGCUACUCAGAAUGGCAUUCGUUUAAUCUCAUCCAGUGUAUGUGGGCCUCAUGGACGUUGCAUCAGUCAACCAAGAGGAAAUUUUACAUGUGCCUGUGAAAAAGGCUUUACUGGAGCGUACUGUCAUGAAAAUAUUGAUGACUGUCUUGAGAAACCGUGCAAGAAUGGUGGAACCUGCAUAGAUGAAGUCAAUGAUUUCAGAUGCUUCUGUCGGAAUGGCUGGGAAGGAAAAUUGUGUGACAUUAAUUUUAAUGACUGCUCACCAAAUCCAUGUCAUAAUGGAGGCCAGUGCAUUGAUUUAGAGAAUGACUUCUAUUGUGCAUGCAAAAACGGCUGGAAAGGGAAAACAUGCCAUUCAAGUAAGUACCAGUGUGAUGCAAAUACUUGUACAAAUGGAGGAACAUGUUAUGAUGACGGUGACACUUUUCGAUGCUCUUGUCCUCCAGAAUGGAAAGGAAGCACUUGCAAUAUUGCUAAGAACAGCAGCUGUAUUCCUAAUCCUUGCUUGAAUGGUGGAACUUGUGUUGGCAGUGGAGAUUCCUUUUCUUGCAUUUGUAAAGAAGGUUGGGAAGGACGCACAUGUACCCAGAAUAUUAAUGAUUGCAAUCCACAUCCAUGUUACAAUGGAGGCAUCUGUGUUGAUGGUGUGAAUUGGUUUCGCUGUGAAUGUGCACCUGGGUUUGCUGGUCCUGACUGCAGAAUUAAUAUUGAUGAAUGCCAAUCCUCUCCUUGUGCAUAUGGUGCUACUUGCAUUGAUGAAAUAAAUGGUUACAGGUGUACUUGUCCUGCUGGACGAGCUGGAACAAGAUGCCAAGAAGUUAUAGGCUCUGGAAAAUCUUGCUGGUUUAAAGGAAAGUCCUUUCCUCACAGGAGUAGAUGGGAUCAAGAAUGCAACAGUUGCCAUUGUCUGGAUGGCCACAUUGAUUGUACCAAGGUAUGGUGUGGAAGGAAAUCUUGUUUGCUUACCAAACAUGGGGACCGUUCUAGUUACCAAUGUCCUAGAGGUCAAGAAUGCCAAGAAAAUUCAUACAUCAAAUGUUUCCAACCACCUUGCAUUGACUGGGGAGAAUGCAGUGAAUCAGAACCUCUACCUGUUAACAUCAAGUGCUUCCCUAAUUCAGGCCACUUGGAUAACAGCUGUGCAAGAAUUACUCUGAUUUUUAACAGAGAUAAAGUACCCCAGGGCACUACUGUUGAAAAUGUAUGCUCUGAAAUAAGAUAUUUACCAGCAACUAGAUCUGUUUCUAGUGAAAGAAUCUUGUUAGUGUUGUGUGACCUAUCCUACUCCAUAGAGAAUGCAGUGGAAGUUGCUGUUUCUUUCAUCUUGCAUCAGGACGAGAUGGAUAAUAGUCUCAUUCAGAAUGCUGCCAAUAUGAUUGUAAAUGCGAUUACAAGGCGGCAAAACAGCACAGUUAUGCUUGCGGUAACAGAAGUCAAAAUAGAGACCAUAGUAGUUGGGAAUUCUUCUUCAUCAGAUUAUCUGGUUCCAAUCCUCUGUGUAGUUUUUAGCAUUGUAUGGAUAACCUGCAUAAUAAUUUGUGUGUGGUGGACACGAAAGAGAAGAAAAGAGAGAGAAAGAAACCGCCCAUCUAGAGAAGAGGCUACAAAUAAUCAGUGGGCACCUCUAAACCCUAUUUGGAAUCCUAUAGAUAGACCUUACAAUCAUAAAGGCAUUCAUUAUGAACAGAAAAAUUUUAUAUCUCCUCAAAAAAGAACUUACGAUGGGGUAGAUGAGUACACAGAGUAUGAGGAAGAGGAGGAGGAGGAAGAAGAAGAAAAAGAGGUUAUGGAAAUGGACAAAUUCCUCUCUCAAAAACUCUCUAAACCUUUGACAACAAAGGUAGCAGUGGACUCAUUAGAGAAUAGUCCUGUUAAGAACACUCUUCAGACAACCAAAAUGGACAACAGAUCUGUAAAAAAUGUGAACACAAAAAAUCUUGAAGGUGGAAGAGACUAAAUCUGUGUUUGGACCAUGACUACAUUGCUUACAUAAAAAAAAAAUGGAGAAAUUGGCAUCUCCAUUGUGCAUAAAGGCUUAACUGUCUGAAGUCAAAUAUUCAUAGUUACUUUAUUUUGAAUAAAAAAAAUUAAAAUAAUAAAAUAAAAACUUUAUUUUGUUUCUUUUAACCUUGUAUAAAUUAUUCAAUGACUGUCAGAUGAUAGAGUAAUCUUUGAUAGUUGCUAUUUUUGUAAAUUUUACUUAGCAUACACUUGUAAGGCAGAGGAGAGAAGUUUGUAUUUUCAAUUCAAAGGUUUAUCACAAAGCUCAACGCUGUUUACAAAAUGGAGGGGAUUUGUUUUGUUUUGUUUUGUUUUUUUAUUUGUUACAACAGUGGCUUGGAAUCCUCCUGGUUGAGGAAGUUGCUGAAUUUAAGGUAGAAAACAUUAAGUGUUCUUGUUAAUAUUUACUAAAAACUUCUCUCUAUACUUCUACAAGUUUGUCCCCUUGAAAAAAAGAUUGCCUUAUUCUGUGAACAAAAGAAAAUCUAUAGAGAUCUUUCAAACUGUGAUUGGUUAGAAAAAGUGGCCUUUUUAAUUUAAUCUGUCAAUUUGGUUUAAUUACCUUAGAAAUGCAGUAUUGAAGCACAUACCAAGUGCCUUGAAAUAUCAUCUUUCUGUCUCAAUAGCAACUGUCAAAGACUGCCAUGCCCAUCUUAAGUUUACCACAAGAAGAUAUUUGGUUCUCUCAGACUGAUACAGUUUAUUUUCAGAUUGUGCAAGUGCAUUUUUGUAAAUAUGUAUAUAUUUAAAUGAAUCACUUCUGUAUAUUUGAGUUAAUAACUUAAAAAAUAUUUUUGAUCUUUUUAAAUGUCAUUCCUUUUUAAUUUAUGUCGCAGAAAGGGAAGUUUUAUGGCAGUUUCUAAAAAAGAUACAAAAACCUUAUUUUGGUAUUAUGUUCAUAUUAGAAAAUGAUGUUACUAUAAUUAAUGUUGAGAAACUGUUGGUCACUUUUUAUACUUUUUUUCAAUGUAUCACAACCAUUUCACAUGUAAAUAGAUCCAAGUUGUUUCCUCGCAAGUCAAGAACACAGAGAGUAAGUAUCCUGUACAGCAUAAAGAUGAUAGGGCAAUAUUCUUUUUCUUGUGAAUGUCUCUAUUACAUGUGGUAUUGCUUUUUUGCAUUUUUUUAAAUACAGGCCUAAUGAAGGGAACAGUAUUCUUCUCAUUUCUUGUUUGUUAUGCUUAUUCACACUGAAAACAUGUUGGCAAACAUGCUGGAUCUAGGUGGUGCAGCAGAAACCUGCCAAUUAUCAAUUAGCUCUGGGAUUCUUUCCUUUAUCCCUAAUAACUAGUGUUUCUUCAAGUUAGAUGGGGUGAUGCCACUGAAUUGAGUUUCCUGCCUCUGUGUCACUUCAUUAGCUGCUACUUGUGGAGGCAGGUAAACCCACAACACAGCAGCCUCAUGUCAUGUGUUUCGCGUCGCUAGAUGCAUGUGGAGACAAUAGACGCCUGCUCUUCUCAGCUUUACGUUGGUUGUAACAUCUGGUUCCAUCUUACGCGAUGGAAAAUCUCAGGAGAAAUUGUUAUUCUUAAUAGAAGGCUUAUGCAUCAUUUGUAGGUUUUUUGUUUUUUUUAAAAAGGCUUUAUUAUUUUAAAAAAUGAGCUAUACCUUUAUUUUAAUUACUGAUAAAACCCUAUGUUAAGUGGGUUAUCCUGUAAUUGCAAAGGAAACAAAUAUUUCAAUGUCUUGGCCAUUUUGGAACCACUUUUUAUACAUGAACGCAGAAAUUGCUUUGCAGAAACUUCUGUGCAGUACAUUUUGUUUGACAUGUUCUUCUGUAGUUUUCAGAUGAAAACUAUUUAUUAAAGCAUUUUAUAACAAUGUCAGUA